AUGGCGUCUCUCAAACGCGGCGCCAAUCAGCUCUCUGGGAACGCUGCCAAAAAGCCCAAAGCCAACUCUAGCAUCACAUCUUUCUUUGGAGCUCCCAAGCCAAAAGAGAACGGAACUGCUGCUGCUGCACCUCCCAGUAGCUCUCGAUUCAACAAGGAAAAAUGGGUAUCCUCCUUGACUGCAGAGCAAAAGGAGUUGUUACAGCUUGAAAUCAACACCCUCGAUGAGAGCUGGCUGGCUCAUCUAAAGGACGAAGUCGUCUCCCCGGAAUUUCUCAACCUGAAACGCUUUCUCAAGAAAGAGAAGGAUUCCGGGGUUACUAUCUUCCCUCCAGAGAGUGACAUUUAUUCAUGGUCCCGAUACACUCCUCUACACACAGUCAAGGCAGUCAUCCUCGGCCAGGACCCCUAUCAUAACCAUAACCAAGCCCAUGGACUCUGCUUCUCGGUCCGCCCUCCAACAAAGGCCCCUCCAUCUCUUAAAAACAUCUACAAGGGAAUCAAAAACGACUACCCAUCGUUUGAAAUCCCCGCCAACGACGGGUUGUUGACACCCUGGGCUGAGCGAGGCGUUCUCAUGCUCAACGCUUGUUUGACCGUGCGCGCCCAUAAUGCAAACAGUCACGCGAACCGUGGCUGGGAAAGGUUUACGCAAAAGGCUAUUGACAUUGUUGCGCGAGUGCGCACACAUGGCGUCGUGUUUUUGGCCUGGGGCUCGCCCGCUGGGAAGCGGGUUGCUGGAGUCAACAAGCAGAAACAUUGCGUGUUGCAGUCUGCUCACCCAAGUCCGCUGAGCGCCCACCAUGGAUUCCUUGUUAACCGCCAUUUCCAAAAAUGCAACGAGUGGCUCUCCGAACGGUACGGACAAGACUCGAUGAUCGAAUGGAGCUUGAACCCGAAGAAGCCCGUCCUGACUCGAAAAUCUGCGGACCAGCAGCAGGUCAUCGAGCCUCUCGCUGACAGCAAGCAAGCUAACAAAAAGCCGAUUGACCCUGCCGACCAAAAGGACGACAAGACUAACAAUGUGGAGGACGCUGCUGUUGAUUUGCUGUGUGACGAGGAUGACCUCGACGCACUCGAGGCUUUGGCUGCCGCUGAAAACGAUAUUCCUCCUCCAGCGGUGGCUGCUGAGAAGAAGUCUUCAGAAGAAGAGGAUAAAUCGGAGCCCAAGAGUGACAGCAAUUAG